AUGAAUAUAGUUCCUGAAACACCUGAAUGCGUUCGGUAUUCAGAGAUAGAACACAAGUACUACUUUUGGCAUUCCAAGUACCCCAAUCACAUCCAGUUCUUGGAGUGGAACUCAAAACAUAUCAACCAAGUUCAGAGUACUACUUCCGACCCCGAGAUACAAAACACCAUUAAGAAAGCCAGAGAGAAGCUACAGUGGCUUUCUCCGGUGCCUCAACCUAAACUGUCAAGCCAGCAAGCAAUUUUGCCUCAGGCAACUGCACCUUUGCCUUCAGCAAGAUUGGCAACCGGGAAGCAAAAGCACGCGCACACACCACCUCACCACGCACCAACGCCAAGAUUUUCUCAUAGUGUGCCCUGGGAACACCUUACCUGUAAAGAUUUUGAGGAAAACCCAGAGAGAUCUCGCUCGGAUCUACAUGUGCUACUCAACUAG